AUGUCCCAUACGGACGGGCAAACAAUCCUUCGCAAUGAGAGGCAUAUGCUCUCCAAAGAAGCGACAGCUGCGCUCUUCGCCGAGAUUAAUAAAAAACCGGACUUUGUUUUUGACGCUCUUGAACUUUGCGACGCCACGGCAUCAUACGUGGAGGCUACAGUCAAAGUGCCUGAAGACGCCCGGUUCAUAGACAAUUGGGGAAUAAUCGGAAUACUCUUCUACCAGGUCAUGUCCAAGAUCAGCGGUGGCGAGAAGAUCCGCAAUACCAAUACAUACUAUCGCGACAUCCAAAACUGUGUCAGGCCCGGAGCAGUACUCGUUCUCAUGGCUCACCGUGUUGGAGAGAGCUUGCUAGAAGCUCGUAUUUCUUCUGUUGAAGGCUCCUUGAUUGCUACGACAUCAGCCACAUACAGCACUUCGUUUGCGACGGGAGACCGGAGAAAGCUCCUCGCUCCGCCUAUUGAUUUUGAUGCAACAAGUCCCAGAAAUGCUACGCCUCGGAAUCUGACCCCUUAG